AUCCUUCACACGCACACACUCCACCGUCUUCCUCUCUCUUCGAUUCCAUCUCCAUAGUCCCCAGACGACCACGAAAUUCUUGCUUUCUGCAGAAAUGGAUGCCGGCGGAGGAGGAGUUUCAUCGGCGUCGGGCCUGCCGCCGUUCCUCAGCAAGACCUACGACAUGGUGGACGAUCCGAGCACGGACGCGGUGGUGUCAUGGGGCUCCGGCAGCAACAGCUUCGUCGUAUGGAACGUAGCUGAGUUCGGGAAGGACCUGCUGCCUAAGUACUUCAAGCACAGCAAUUUCUCCAGCUUCGUUCGCCAGUUGAACACUUACGGAUUCAGAAAAGUCGAUCCCGACCGUUGGGAGUUUGCAAAUGAUGGGUUCCUCAAAGGCCACAGACAUUUGUUGAAGACCAUAAUCAGGCGGAAACCCUCCCACGCGCAGCCCAACCCGCAAUCCCCUCUGGCUCAAAACCCACCUACCGAACCUUGUGUGGAGUCCCGUAAAAACGGUAUAGAGGAAGAAGUCGAAAGGCUUAAACAAGACAAAAAUGUUCUCAUGCACGAGCUCGUCAGGCUAAGGAACCAGCAGCAGUCAACCGACAGCCAAUUGCAGACAAUGGGCCAGAGGGUGCACGGCAUGGAGCAACGCCAGCAGCAAAUGAUGUCAUUCCUCGCCAAAGCCGUGCAGAGCCCUGGAUUUAUGUCGCAGCUCGUGAAUAAUGACGGGCCUCGGAAAAUUUCCCAUGGGAAUAAGAAAAGGAGGCUGCCUGGACAGGAUGAAGAAAAUGUAGUUCACAAGUACGGUAUUGUGACUCCCGAUGGCCAGGUUGUCAAGUACCAGCCUCUGAUGAAUGAAGCUGCAAAGUCAAUGCUGAGGCAGAUCUUGAAAAUAAAUAAUGCACCUGGCGGAAGGCUCGAGCGUAAAUUAAGCAACCCUAAUGGUUUCUUGAUUGAUGGCGCGCAGCCAAUGGAUAAAAUAAUUUCUGGGGUGACUCUAUCUGAGGUUUUACCUCAUACGAGUGCAUUAACUGAGAUCCAACCAGAUAAUUUGUUGCCCGAUUUUGUCCCGUCACAUGAAAUCACUCUGGAAAAUAACAUCGGUAUUCAUGGUAUUCAUGAUGAGUCGUUUAUGGGAGAACAGCCUACAGUGUUAGGGUGUGGGGAUAUUAGUACAAUUCCUGGAUGUGUGGAUGUACAGAAAGCUGUUGCUUCGGAUGAGCUUCUUGCGGAUCGUGAGGUCGAUAUUUUGCUAGAUGAUAUUCAAAAGCUGCCGGGCAUAAAUGAUGUUUUCUGGGAACAAUUUCUUUCAGUCAGCCCUGUCCAUGAAGAUACAGAAGAUGUAAAUAGUAGUAGCAAGGAUCAGGUGGAGCAAGGAGUCGAGUGGGAUAAUAAACUGAAGAGUUUGAACAAUCUUACUGAACAGAUGGGCCUUCUAGCAUCGGCAUCUAAGAGUUGAUGACUUUGUGCUAAUCAUCAAGCUUUUGUUGGCCCCACAUGUUAAGAGGUGGGUUUUGGAUCGGAUCUAAAUUUACUGGCCUAAAGAUGAAUGAUCGGUUGCAGCAAGAAGCUUUCUGAUUCGGUUGGACGAAUCUGGUUUCCAGAAUAAUUAACGCGUGUGAUGCCUUCAUAUAUUUGAUGCAAAAUGAGUGAACUGUUUUGUGUAAUAUCUUGAACCUCAGACUAAAAAACACGAUACAGGCUUUGUCUUGUCAUUUUUCGUUAGUGUUAAAACUUCCUGCACCAUAUUAUAUUUUCACUCUAUAUUAUUGCUUAUAGCUUCCAUUUAUUUACUUCUCGUAUCGUGUGAUGUACCGUUUCCUACAGAUGAACAAGCUGCAAUAAUAUUGGCCGUAUCGUCUUUCUUUAUAUGUAUUGUGGUUAAUGCUUAUGGAAUGCAAAUUACAUCAGGUCUUUUA